UGUUACCUACAGUGGUGAAAUGGUUUACCCGUACAGGGAAUCACCGGUAUCUAUUUUUAGCCAGCAAGGCUUGCACCACAUAUUGUAAACUAUGUCUGAUUAUGUUGCAACGUUCGAAUUAACGAUAUUAUCAUUCACUGGCCACAUAAAACACAACACACCGCUGUUCUGCCAUCAACACGGUUACUGAACUGGAGGGUCAUUGGAAGAUUUAGUUGCUGGCUAUUCGCUGUAGUCAACACAGAGUAUCCGGAUAUAGUUUCUGGUCAGACAUCUCAGAAAAGUAUGGCGGCUACAUAUUCAUCAAAUACAGAGGCUCAAGAAGCAGAAAUCGUGAAGUUAAAGGAAACAUUUCCAGAUCAAAUACGAGUGAUAAAAAACCUGGGAGAGUUUAUUUAUGUUGUCAAUGUCCAUCCAGAAGGACUUGAUGUCAACAUCAAAUUCCAGUUGACAGAGCUUUACCCUAAAGAUCCACCUAAUAUAUUUGUAAAAUUUGGCAACAAGGCUGAUGGUGCUGAAGAGUUAGCCAAUCAGCUUGUGUGUAAGUCACAUGAUUGUGUGGGAUUGCCAAUGAUAGAAAAGCUUGUAAACUAUGCUAUAGAGCAGAUAGACGUGAUGGAACUAGACGUUCAGACACAGGACAAAUAUCUGAAUAAACAAAAACCAAGAGGAAAGAAGAAAAACCGACCCAAGAAGAAACACUAUGAAGACGAAGUUGAAGAGAAGAAGGUAUCUAUGAAAACAGCUGGUGAUGUGAUUUCUCGUAUACUGUGGGAUGAAAGUUUGCCUAGCGACCAAUUCACUGUAGGAUACAUGGACCGAUUUGUAGGCAUGGUGGAGAAAAACUUUUCAGCGUUUUCGUGGGAAGAUUUGGCAUCUGUAGACUAUACGGUGCUCGCGAUUCCAAAGCACAGGAUUCAUUACUUCAAGUACAAAGACUUAAAGGUAUGGGACAAAGACAAGAGGAUGGACAACGUAUUUGGGUCAACAGGAAGUAACAUGACCAUAACGGACGCAAUGGAACAGUACGAAACGCAGAGAAGAGUCGAACAGACAGAGUGUGACGAGAAUGCUGAUGUUGAGAGCAACUUGGAAGUUACUGAAACUGACGAUUCGGAUGAUGAUAGCGAUGACGAUGGCAUUCAAAUAACCAUUGGCGCCAUUGACAAACCGUAUGUUGAUGAAGAUGAGAAUGAACAGGACGUGAGUGACACAUUGAAGACUCUUACUAACACUGAGAAGGAAUUUUGGGAGGACAAACUCCGUCCUAACUACUUCUUAGCUCUCAGGAUUACGGAUCAAGAAAUUAUCAAGAACGUAGAAAAGGUCCGCAAUGCCAUUCUGAAGGCUGAACCUCGCUAUGGUGACUGCUGUAUACCAAAUUCUUCUUUGCACGUUACGUUGUGUGUUAUUCGCCUUGAUACGGAUGAAAACGUAAAAAACGCUGUUCAAAUCCUCCAGAAAGCAAAGUCGGAACUGGCUAAUAUGGCACCUAAGGGAAAAGCUUUAAAACUGGACGGCGUGAGUAAUUUUUACGACCGCGUUAUUUACGCCAAAGUCCAGUACCCUCCGGAGUUUCUGGGCUUCGUGGAUCAUUUGAAGAUGUGUUUGUGGGAAGGUGGUGUAAGUAACAAGGAUGGAUAUGAAUUCGUGCCACACAUGACCAUUAUGAAGGUGUCCCGGCCUGCUGCUCGCUUGAUAGGAACAUCUAAGGUGAAUCCCAACAUCUCUGCGGCGCACACUGACACCUACUUCGGCACACAAAGUAUCGAUGGGAUCCACCUGUGUGCGAUGGGCGAUGACAGAAGAGAGGAUGGGUUUUACAUUACACCUGUGUCCAUCGACUUUGGAAUGUCCUCUGUUGUAAAUAAUUCUGUUAUUGAUAGUGAAACUCUUUCGGAUUUGGAGACGGAAUUCGAAUCCCAGGUACCAAGGGUUACAAGACAAUUUCAAGCCACAAAUCUUUCGGAUAGAAUACGCUCUAAUUACUUUCUUACAGUCAAAAUAAAUGACCCCAACGUGAUUAAGAACGUAGAUAUUUUUCAACAAAUGUUCAGGGAGAAAGAGCCCAUUUUUCAAGAUUUUUGUAUUCCGUCAAAUGAUCUACAUAUAACCUUUGGCACUUUGCGCCUAGAGACCCCUGAAGAGAUAACAGUAGCCAUGCAAGUACUGUCGGAUGCACAGCCCAAGCUUCAAAAUAUCUGCCCAAAAGACAAAUGUAUUAAAAUAGAAGGCCUUGGACUAUUUUUUGAACGAGUCAUCUAUGCCAGAGUAAGUUACCCACCUCAAUUUUUAGAGCUUUUGUCCAGCGCCGUCCAGUGCCUUGUUCAAGCAGGAUUCCAGGUUCGUGAGAAGGAACAUUACGUGCCUCACCUAACAUUGGUGCGAGUGUCUCAGCAAGACGUUCGUGUCAGAAAGCUUAAGAAACUCGAAGAACGCAUGUACGAGAAAUGGACAAACACCACCUUCGGAUCACAAGGCUCGAUAAGAGUCCAUCUUUGUCCUGUCGGAGAACUCUCGAAAACGAGCACCUCUUUUGGCGGAAAUUGAACAUUGUCCACAAAAAUAUACUGUCCGAGAAUGCUACACGUCUAUGACAAGGACAACAAUGGCAACACAUCAUAGCAAAUACAAUUAAUAUACAUAUAAAACCUACUUUGCGAAUGUGACAGCAAAUCAAUUUGUACAAAUAUCAAAAUAGAUCACAAUUCCAUGAUAUUUUAUAUUACGGGCAAUGUAGUUUUAAACAGUAUUUUUAAUAUAAGCUCCCAUGCAUUUUCAAUCACAAGAGUUUUACAGUCUGCACGAUUUUAGUAUGAAAAAAAUAUAUUGAGAAUAACGAUUGAUCAGUGAAUUUGGCA